AUAAAUUUCAUCAUUCGAUUUAGAAUACAGAGUCACUUUGUUGAGAUCAAUACCGCAGUACGUCGUUGAAGAUGACUCUAAAUCAAGUGCUGCGGGAAGAGUAUCGUGUACCAUUCAUCGAUCAGGUCACAUACUGGUGCCUUUCGGCCACAAUGAUUACGACUCUGGCGUCAUUACUGUUUUUGUUCAAAGCAAACAAAGCCUUUGACGAUGAAAAUGUUCGAUUUUUUAAAGGCGAAUCUGAUGAAUACACGAAUGAUGAAUUCAAUAAAUACGUGAAUGGUGUAAUUGGUGAAUGUUUCACCUCGGUAUUACAAGAAAAUUACCACAAAUUACCGCUUGCAUUUCGACGAACUGUGGAGCAAGCAUGUCCUGAUUUUCUUCGUCCAGAAAAUUGGCCAGCUCGCGAGGGCAUGGGGAACGCAUUCAAUCAUCUCAUCACUCAGUACAUAACAAACGUGAAAAAUAACAUCAAAGUAUGGGCAUUCAGUCGCAUCAAGAAAUUUUUCACGCUAAAGCGCUACGAACUGAAUUUGAAUCGACAAGGAAAUUUCAUCACUGAAUUGGAUGUAAAACGUGCGACGAAGAUCGUAAUGUUCCAGAGUAGAGUCGAGAGAAACGCGAACAUCGAUCUUCUAUUAAACGAAGCAGCAGGCAUUGGAUUGCCAAUCAAUGUACACUUUCAGAAUCUCAUUCGUGAUCGCUGGUUCCAAACCAUUCCAAUAUUUAUAAACAUUCAGCGACAAAUUUUCGAUUUUCACGCGAAAUAUGAAAUGUUGAAACAACGCUGGUUCCAAUAUCGACGCGAUCCGAACAACAAAGUCAUGCCGACCACUCCACUCCCGCCAAAAAUAAAGAAUUUUUUAGUAGUUCCAAUCCACGAUUUCGAUAUGAAACAUAUCCGCAUCGAUAUCCAUCUUUUUUAUUUGAUUGCGCGCAAAUUUGGAGCAUUGAAAUUGGCAAAAGGAAAACGCGGUCAGCCAAUAAACAUUGAAAAAACUGAAUACGAUAGCAAUCCAGCUAUCUAUUGGGAUUUAAUAUUUGACCUGCCAAAAAUUUCGAAACUUGGAAAUGGUAAGGAAUUCAAUUUUGCUGUGGCAACCGAUAGUGUGGCAGUUUCGUUAUGUUUCGUGAAUCAUUUGUUUACUUCUAUGAUUUUUUGUUCGUAAAUCUCAGGAAAACAUCACAAUUGAUGGUCCAAAAUACCAUUUCAAAGCGAAAUAUGGCAAACGCAAGCGUAAAUCCGAUCAAUGGACUGAAUUGUUGUAAAAAAAACGGGAGCUCGACUAUAAACGCUAUGCAUUUUUUCCAUCGCCGAAAGGACGUUCACAUUGGAUGUGUUACAUCGCUUAUUAUGUGGAAAUGAUGAAACCAGCUAUGGCGGUGUACACAACAAGACAGUUUAUUCGAUUCCGUCUUGAUAAAUACAUCGAAGAGAAUCGGGCCAGUGACAAAAUCGCGGCAUCACUGACGAAAAAAAAGUCGGCGCUCGUUUUUAUUCAAGGGGCAUUUUACUAUAUGCGAAUGCCAUUUUAUACGGAAUAUAUGAAAAUUUUCCUAUUCAUACAUGAAAUAUACGAAGCAAAGUAUAUUCAUCCGCAUCAACAUCUAUGAAAAUUC